CUCUCUAUAAUAUCACGUGUUGCGGGGCAGCCUCAGUCCUCGGGUCGCAUGGAGUUAGCUGCGGCAGGAGUGGGGCAGUGGGAGCCGCUGGAAGAAGCCGAGUGUCGGGGAAGCCCCGGGGAUAGCGGCCACGUCUCACAGAGUCACAGCGUCUGCAGUAGUGCCUCCGUGGGUCUCCUGAACGAUGAGGAAGUGGUCGGCGCGGAGUCAUGUGACUGUAUACUCAGGACAACAGCGGCUCAGCUGUCCGGCUACCUCCUCCCAGCAGAGCAGGCGGCAGAGAUUGAGAAUUUGGACAAGAGUUUAGAAGAUCUUCUUGUCAGAGUUGACGAGUUUGUUGGGAUGUUGGAUAUGAUUCGGAAUGACACCUCUCAAGUGGUUAAUGAAAAAGUACCUCAAAUUUACACUAAAGCAGCAGAAAUGAGAAAACUGUAUCAGAAAAUUGACUUGCUUGAGGCCUUUGUUAAAAAGGUUGGAAGUGAUGUCGCUCUGAUGGAAGAGCAGGUUACGCAGGCGGAAACAAACCUGGGAAAUUUCCAUAAUCCUCUCAAGAAAAUCUUCCAAAAUAUCAGUGCCUCUCCUCUCUUUUCACCAGCUAAAGCUGCAAAUUUUCAAAGACCACAGCCAACACGAUACGAGCCUCCAGCAGUGUUCAAGACUGAGGACUUCUUCCCCCCCAAUAGUGGCAGCUGAUGAGCAGUGCUUCAGUACUGUACUAUUGGGAUAUGGACAAUUGGACAAUACCACACUUCUUAUCGCAUAGGCUGCUUCCUGCUAGACACUAAUCAAUAUAAAUGUUCUUUGACUUAUGCUUAUGUCAAAGAGCUCUUUACUUAUAUAAAAUGAAAUUAUUUCUAUUUAUAAAAAAAAUGCAAAAAAACACGGAAAACUGUGAGUUAACAUUGCUUUCAGGUUUACUCUGAUAUAUGCAAACUCUGUAAUCUAUUCUUGUUAAAUGGACUUCCAUUACCAAUAUUUCUGAAAGUUCUUGUUACUAUUAUUUGUAUUAAAUAAAUUGUUUAAAAAAUA